AUGGAGUGCCGAGACAUCGAGUGCCCGGGACCCACACCCAAGAGGUACCUUGACUUCCUGCCAGCCUUCAUCAGCGUUCUGUAUGAGGCGGUGGAAGAGAACGGAAACAUUUUGGAUGACGACAUAAUGCAGGUCAUCCUUGAUUACGAGAAGGAGCUCUUCACAGACGUCGGAGGUGCUGAAUUGAACUACGACGGUGAGACGAGGCCAUCUCCAUGGACCGAGGACUGGUGCUUGAUGAGCCAUCCAUCACACGGUUAUGGCGAGCCGAAGUGUGCGUCUGGCGUGGGCUUCGGUCACAUGUUCACCAUGAAUGAUGCUGGCCGCGAGACAAUCAAGAACCAGGCGCUUGCGGGCCACAACUUCCUCGGGCUCGCCGGAAUGAUGGCAUGCAUCUGCCAAACCGAAGAGACCUGCCUCGUUUGCAACGCGGACGGGUCCAUGAAGGGUGCUGGCACAGCUGAUCCGAAGACAGCUUGGCCAGCUUCAAUCCAAACCUGCAUCGCCGACUGGAAGAACAACGUGAUCACCAUGUCCCAGGCCGCAGCGACUGGGCCGACGACAACCACGACGACGCUGGAUCCGACUUCCGUCCUGGGGCAGUUCUGUGCUGAGACCAGUGGCCGCAGUUUCGGAUCCUCGGCGGGCACAUGGAAAGCGGUAGAUGGACAGAUGGAAGUCCAGGAAAUUGUGGACGAGGGCACGAAGUUCCAGACCGGCUAUGUCGAGGGUCGAAACGGGUGGUACUCCAAGGCAGCAGCGAUCGAGGCAAAGUACGAGCGCGAGCAUGGAAGCAAGCUCCGCAUCAUGCUCUUCUCAGGCGCAACCCUGGUGGCCCAGUAUCUUGGAAUCCUGCUGGUGGAUGGCUUCCUGUCCUUGGGCUCAUUGGUGUUCCGCGGCUGCAGCGUGAAGGGUCCCGGCGUUCACGGCGUACAUCCCCAUGAAACGCCGCGCAGGGGAAGUUCCGUUGGAGACCUGGCCUGUGUAGGAAGUUUGCAUCAACCCCGGCUUGCAGACCACAACAUUCCCCUACAAGUGUUUGAGGGCUUUUCUACGGCCUGCUCUUGCGAAGAUGUCCGAUUGAAAGCGCACAGGUCAGUCUGGGCGUACAUGUGGCUGAUGCUGGAGAGCGUUUUCCUGGCGUCUUGUGGCAUGUUCGAGCCACUUGGUGGCAACAAGUCCUGUGGUUUAGAUCCCCGACGCUCUUUCAGCCGUUUGUUGCUGCAGAUCAGGGCAAGUUCCACCAUAUUACCUGAAUACGAGAGGCUACCAGUUGCAGCAACGGAGAUCAUUCAAGUGAAUGAAGCAGACUUUCCCAAGGAUCAUUUUCUCCCUUCCAGUGGGAAUGUGCCUUUGGGUGCUGGCCGCUUGGACCCGUGA